AUGUCUGCAUUUCACUUCAUGGCCAGGAAGCGAGGGCGCGACGACGAUUCAGACUCGGAUUUCGACGAGGAAAGGUACCCCAAGAAAUCCCGACCGGGCAGCAACGAGCCGACCAACCUUGACCAGUUCCAACAUCAAUCGCUGUCGACCCCACCAAGACUCUUUACGGACAUCCGGUCUAUGACACCGGCACAUUCAGAAUAUGGAGGAGCGAAUUCGCCGGAUUCGAUAUAUGGUGGACCUGUCUGUAUAUCAAGAGAAUCAAGUGGCAUGGACAUGGAUAUGGAUAUGGACGACGAUGACAUGGAUGUUCGGAGCCAGCCGCCAGAGUCGCCCGCCUUCAACUCGUUUGGCAGCAACUUCAUGCGACCGCCCAUGCUCCAACCAUCGCUAUUCAACUCAGACGCCGUCAACAACAAUAGUCGGAUACCCACACCCAUACACCCGACUUUUAAGAGAGGGGGGAUGAGCGGAUUGGGUUAUCCGAUGAGCGGAUCAGCCGGUGGCAUAGCUAUGAACAACUCGAAUGUACCGUCCAUGCAGGCACCUCCACCAGCCUGGAAGGGACAGAGGCAGGAUGUAGACGAAGAUCGGACUAGACGCAUGCCUUCACCCAUAUCCGAGGACGAUGACAUUCCAGAUACGCCAACCGCUUUCACCCAGUCACAACUAUCGCGACUUAGUUUUUCGCACACCAGUACGGCCGAUCAGAUGGAUACCGAGUCAUCCUCCACCUUGGCCCCACCUUCGACGCCUCGCGGAAGGAAACGAAGCGGUGCUUUGACCGGUAUGGGACGUUUCAGUAUGGGUUACCGGGAAGACUGCGAGAAGUGCAGACAGCGGGUUCCAGGCCACUAUUCACAUUUCCUACCAUAG